GCUCGGCUGUCGCUGCCCUGCGCUCGGCCGGCGCGGACGCCGCUGCACACCCGCUCUCUCGGCGCCCCAGACCCGGAAGUUCGCUCUCCAGCAGUGGAAACUUUAAGCCCAGGAUGAUCCUGUCUAACACCACGGCCGUGACACCCUUUCUGACCAAGCUGUGGCAGGGGACAGUCCAAGAGGGCGGCAACCUGUCUAGCCCGGUGCGCAGGUCCCCCGGCAAUGACGACGGCAAGCUGGAGGCACUCUACAUUCUCAUGGUGCUCGGCUUCUUUGGCUUCUUCACCCUGGGCAUCAUGCUGAGUUACAUCCGCUCCAAGAAGCUGGAGCACUCCCACGACCCAUUCAACGUCUACAUCGAGUCCGACACGUGGCAGGAGAAGGACAAGAAGUACUUCCAGGCCCGGAUUCUGGAGAGCUACAGGGGCUGUUACGUCAUCGAAAACGAGCUGGCUAUAGAACGACCCAGCGCAUACCUUCCCGAGAUGGAGCUUUCGUCAUGACCCCACAACCCGUUAACACUGGACAAAUCCUACUUGACGAUCUGAUUCUUCUAGUCAUAGGCCUCUUAUAUUCCUUACUAUGUGGAUACAGUUGGGUUUUUUGCUCUUGUAAGGGGUGAAGGGUGGAUUAAUAACACUGUUUUUCUAAAAUCACAUUCCUUGUAUAAUAGACUGUCAGCUGUGCCACAAUAUCUGUCCCUGCUUUGUUAAUUUUAGCAGAAUCCCUGAGAUCAUGGCCUCUGAGCAUAAGAGCUGUGUGUCCCAGACUCCCUUGCAGCUAGCAAGGUCAUGUGAUAAAGUUCUGGCCAGUAGAAGUGGGAGUGGUGAGUGCACUAUCUUUGAAAAGGAAAGGAGGUGUCCUCCACUUCCCUUACCCCCCUUUCCAGUGGCUGGGACAUGGAUGAGGUGGUGAGCCAGCUUUGACUCUGGAAAUGGGCAGUAUGUCAUAGAUGGCAGAGCAAGAAGAAUGUGGGUCCCUGGGCAACAUCAUGGAGCAGGGUGUCCCUACCUUCCUGGACCACCUGCCCAGCUCCAACUUUAUGGGAAAGAGAAACCAACUCCAAUCUUCCUUAAGUGACUGUUAUUUUGGUUUCUGUUAAAGUAACAGAAUCAAUGUCGUAACUAAUAUACCUACCUUAUGGGACUGAGACGAAAGGCGUCAUAUUUCCAUAUUUGUCACAAGCACAAUUUGUCCCCCUCUUGUUAUAGGACGCUGCCUG